AUACUUCUGGGUCUAUGAAGAAUCUAAAAGAAUACUCCAAUCACAGACAAUAAUCACUAAGCGCUCACUGAUCAUUUUGUUCUACUGAACGCAGCCAUUAUUGAGCUGAACUGAACUGAGGGAGAGCGAACGUCUGAAAGGGAAGAGAAAAAGGACACAUUUCAUCAUGGAUAAAUUGAAAAUCGGCGGAUAUCCUGAUGCGUAUGAUCCUGUAGAACACGGACCGUACGAUCCUGCACGCUUCUACGGAAAACCUGAUACUCCAUUUUUGGAUUUGAAACUCAAAGAUAUUCCGGCCUGGCUUGGAAGACGUGAAAAAACGCCGCGAGCAUUUAUGGGAGCGUGUUCACGAGCAUUUUGGCGUUGGCAACACAAAUAUAUACAACCUAGAAAGGGUGGCAUUGCGCCAUUCUUUCAAGUGACAGUUGGCUCGAUGAUAUUCUUUUACAUAAUUAAUCGUAAAAGAAUAAGUCAUCACAGGAACUACAAAUAUCAUUAAACUUGUUCUAUUAUGAACGCAUUGAUAGAUUUGAUUUCAGUAAAGGAAAUGCAUGUAUCAAAUGUGUACGAGAUCAUGUUUAAAGCAUGUUAAAUAAAUAUUCUUAGUAUAGACAUAAGUACAGUACAAA